GCAUUAAAAAAACUUACACAUUUAAAAAGGAAGUAAAUAUGAUGAGUGUUACUGUAAAGGAGGUUCAUGUAGUGAGAUGUACUAAUAAACGGAGGUUUAUAUUUAUUUUGAAAGUGCUGAAGCACUGUAUAGCUCAGAUAUAAAAUUUGACCUGUGUGCUAGACUGAGUGCCUAGAACUGUCACCUGUGUCAUUUAGUGCUCUAGGAGGUCGUUAUUGUCUCCCAUUGUGCAUAUGCUGAUGAUCCAUCUCAGAGAACAUAAGUGAUUUGGCUACCAUGAAGAAUGAAUAAGUGGUUGAGUCCCCCGGGAAACCAGAGUGUUCAGACCUGCUGGUUUUCUACUGUACUCUGCUGCUUCCUGUCUCAGUUUAAGACUAGAAUAUGCUUUAUUUCUAGCCCGUGCCUGCAGCACUGGGGAUCUAAUAAUCCAGGGCUUUGUGUGUGCUAGGCAAGCAGUGUAUCAGUGAAGUAUAUAUCUUGUCCUUGAAAUAGAGUUUAGAAACCAUUUUAUACACUCCUUUUUUUUUUAAGAUCCUGGUGACCAGAUGCUGUAAGGGGACUUGUUUUGUCAGUAAUGGAGUCAUACUUAGAAUUCAGUUUUCCCAAACAAUUUGGCAUGCUGCAGACAGACCCUUCUGUCCUUCAUGCACACGCGUGUGCUGGACAGAUGACUGUCCCCUGCCCUGUGCUGCUGUAGGUGGCCUGGAUGUGGAGCUGUCCAGCAGGAAAAGAUGGAUUCCAAAGAUGAAAGCUCACACGUGUGGCCGCCAUCUGCAGAGCAUGAGCAAAACACCACACAGGUACACUUUGUUCCGGAUGCUGGAACUGUGGCUCAGAUUGUCUACACUGAUGACCAGGGCCGCCCCCCCCAGCAGGUGGUGUAUACAGCAGAUGGUGCCUCCUACACUUCUGUGGAUGGUCCAGAGCACACACUGGUGUACAUCCAUCCUGUGGAAGCUGCACAGACUCUGUUUACAGACCCAGGCCAGGUAGCUUAUGUCCAACAGGAUACCACAGCUCAACAGGUGCUGCCUUCCAUCGAGAGCAUGGAUGGUUCCGACCCUAUGGCAACUCUGCAGAACCCUAUAGCCAGACUGGAGGCAAAAGAGGAAGAGGAAGAGGAAGAGGAAGAGGAGGAGGAGGAGGAUACUGAAGAAGAAGAGGAAGAAGAUGGUGAAGACACAGACCUGGAUGAUUGGGAGCCAGACCCACCCCGGCCCUUUGACCCCCAUGACUUGUGGUGUGAGGAGUGUAAUAAUGCGCAUUCUUCAGUGUGCCCAAAGCACGGGCCCUUGCAUCCAAUCCCCAAUCGGCCUGUGCUCACUCGGGCCCGUGCCAGUCUGCCCCUGGUCCUCUACAUAGACAGAUUCCUUGGCGGGGUGUUCUCCAAGAGGCGCAUUCCCAAGCGCACCCAGUUUGGCCCUGUGGAGGGACCACUCGUCAGGGGGUCUGAGCUGAAAGACUGUUAUAUUCAUCUGAAGGUGUCUCUUGAUAAAGGGGACAGAAAAGACAGGGAUUUGCACGAGGACCUGUGGUUUGAGUUGUCUGACGAGAGCCUCUGUAACUGGAUGAUGUUCGUGCGUCCAGCCCAGAACCACCUGGAGCAGAACCUGGUGGCUUAUCAGUACGGCCACCAUGUGUAUUACACAACCAUAAAGAACGUGGAACCCAAGCAGGAGCUGAAGGUGUGGUAUGCGGCAUCCUAUGCUGAGUUCGUGAACCAGAAAAUUCAUGACAUUUCUGAGGAAGAAAGGAAAGUUCUUCGUGAGCAAGAGAAGAAUUGGCCCUGCUAUGAAUGUAACCGCCGGUUUAUAAGCUCAGAACAGUUGCAACAGCAUCUCAAUUCUCAUGACGAGAAACUGGAUGUGUUUAGCAGAACUAGAGGCAGAGGAAGGGGCCGAGGCAAGAGGCGAUUUGGCCCAGGUCGACGGCCAGGGCGCCCUCCAAAGUUUAUCCGCUUGGAAAUAACCAGUGAAAAUGGGGAAAAGAGUGAUGACGGGACACAGGACUUGCUGCAUUUUCCAACGAAGGAGCAGUUUGAUGAGGCUGAGCCGGCUCCUCUGAAUGGGCUGGACCAACCAGAGCAGACCACCAUCCCAAUCCCUCCACUCCCACAGGAGACCCAGGCUUCCCUGGAGCAUGAAGCAGAAACUCACACCCUGCAUCUGCAGCCACAGCAUGAAGAAAGCGUGGUGCCCACCCAGAGCACCUUGACCGCUGACGACAUGCGCAGGGCCAAACGCAUCCGAUUGGAGCUGCAGAAUGCAGCUCUUCAGCAUCUGUUUAUUCGGAAGUCCUUCCGGCCUUUUAAAUGUUUGCAGUGUGGGAAGGCCUUCCGGGAAAAGGACAAACUGGACCAACACUUGCGCUUCCAUGGGCGGGAGGGGAACUGCCCGUUGACCUGUGAUCUCUGUAACAAGGGCUUCAUCAGCAGCGCCUCCUUGGAGAGCCACAUGAAGCUCCAUUCGGACCAGAAGACUUACUCUUGCAUUUUUUGCCCAGAAUCCUUUGACCGCCUUGAUUUGUUGAAAGAUCAUGUGGCCAUUCAUAUCAAUGAUGGCUAUUUCACCUGCCCAACUUGUAAGAAACGAUUCCCAGAUUUUAUUCAGGUAAAAAAGCACGUGCGCAGCUUCCACUCAGAGAAGAUCUACCAGUGCACAGAGUGUGACAAGGCCUUCUGUCGCCCUGACAAACUGCGGCUCCACAUGCUCCGGCAUUCUGAUAGAAAAGAUUUCCUGUGUUCUACCUGCGGGAAGCAGUUUAAGCGGAAAGACAAAUUACGAGAACACAUGCAAAGGAUGCAUAACCCUGAGAGAGAGGCCAAGAAAGCCGACCGCAUCAGCCGCUCCAAGACCUUCAAACCUCGAAUCACGUCCACAGACUAUGACAGCUUUACGUUCAAGUGCCGCCUGUGUAUGAUGGGCUUCCGGCGACGGGGCAUGCUGGUAAAUCACUUGUCAAAGAGGCAUCCAGACAUGAAGAUAGAAGAGGUGCCAGAGUUAACUCUCCCCAUCAUAAAGCCCAACCGAGAUUACUUUUGCCAGUAUUGCGAUAAGGUUUAUAAAAGUGCCAGCAAGCGUAAAGCCCAUAUUUUGAAGAACCAUCCAGGAGCUGAACUCCCACCAAGCAUUCGGAAACUCCGUCCUGCAGGCCCUGGGGAGCCAGACCCCAUGCUCAGCACCCAUACCCAGCUGACAGGCACCAUUGCCACCCCACCUGUCUGCUGCCCACACUGCUCCAAGCAGUACAGCAGCAAGACCAAGAUGGUCCAACACAUUCGAAAGAAGCAUCCAGAGUACGCCCAGCUUCCUAACACCAUCCACACACCCUUGACCACCGCUGUGAUCAGCGCCACCCCAGCUGUGUUAACCACAGACAGUGCCACUGGAGAGACUGUGGUGACAACAGACCUGCUAACCCAAGCAAUGACAGAGCUCUCCCAGACCCUAACAACAGAUUACCGAACACCUCAAGGGGACUACCAGAGGAUUCAGUACAUCCCUGUGUCUCAGUCCGCAUCUGGUCUCCAGCAGCCUCAGCAUAUACAGCUUCAAGUGGUGCAGGUGGCUCCGGCCACUUCCCCUCACCAGUCUCAGCAAUCCACUGUAGAUGUGGGCCAGCUCCACGACCCUCAGACCUACACACAGCAUGCCAUCCAAGUGCAGCACAUCCAGGUUACGGAGUCUACCGCCUCUGCCCCAGCGUCAUCCCAGAUAGCUGGGCAGCCCUUGAGUCCCUCUGCCCAGCAGGUGCAGCAGGGGCUCAGCCCCUCCCAUAUUCAAGGCAGUUCUUCGUCACAAGGGCAGGCCUUGCAGCAACAGCAACAGCAGCAGCAGCAACAGCAACAACAACAGCAGCAGCAGCAACAGCAGCAGCAGCAGCAACAGCAGCAGCAGCAACAGAGCUCCUCAGUACAACACACAUACCUACCCAAUGCUUGGAACUCCUUCCGUGCCUACUCUUCUGAGAUUCAAAUGAUGACUCUUCCCUCUGGUCAGUUUGUGAUUACAGACAGUGGCGUGGCAGCUCCUGUCACAUCGGGCCAGGUGAAGACGGUCGCUCCGGGUCAUUAUGUGUUGUCAGAAAGUCAACCAGAAUUGGAAGAAAAGCAAACUUCUACUCUCCCCAGUGGAGUCCAGGUUCAGCCAUCUGCACACAGUGACUCCCUAGACCCCCAAACCAACAGCCAACAGCAGACCACACAGUACAUCAUCACGACCACCACUAAUGGGAACGGGAGCAGCGAAGUCCACAUCACCAAACCAUAGCUUCCGUCCUGGAGCUAGCAUCUGCACUCAUGUCAUGUCUAUUUUCAUUUGUCAGUCUGAAGCUUCUAACACUUAGACCUCUUUUUAAAAAUUUGUUAUGUACUCAAGAGCCUGGAAACUACAGUCAGCACCCUUACAUAUAGCAGAGUUGGCUUUGUCAAGGUCAUCUGUACCAAACUGACUCUUCAAACCCCGGAGUUUCUGCCACAGAAGGGAAAUCUUUCAGGGGAAGGUAGAUUUCAAGAUGAAGAAACUUUGCUUUGCUCUUGAGUUGGUUUUUUUUAACUCACUAAUAAGCCUUACUUUCCCUUUGUGGAAAUACUAAGUGGUAUAUUGUGUUCAUACCAAAGGUGGAGAUGAGAUGUGCCAUGUCCAUGGUCAUUGGACUUCAGAAUUCUAGCCCUGGCACCAAAGCACAAGGGGCAUUUCAUGGGCAUGAAUUAGGUCUGCACUGCUUUUUAUCUUGUGAGCUUGAGGAGUUUACUGGAUAAGGAAAUAAAAAUGAAGCAAAAGUUUGAUAGAGGUGUUCUGAAGGAAAAACUCAUUUUAAAAUUUCAGAUUGUUGAUUUUUUUUUUUUUU